CUAUAGACAUUUAUGACAAAAUGGCGAUUUACUAAGUUUGUAAUUUGUGUGUGUUCAAUUUCUAGAUCUAGAAUCUAGAGAUAUUCUAGAUCUUUCUAGACGUCUAAAUUUUUUAGUCAAUUUCUUGGUCUAUGAGUUGUAGAUUUAUGAGAAUAAAAACCAAAUCUAAAAUGCCCAGAGAUAGCAGAUCUUACAGGAAAAGGUCAUCAUCUAGAGAAAGAGAUAGAAAAAAACGGAGCAGAUCUCGAAGUAGAUCAAGGCGUUCUAGGUCUAGGGAAAGAGUGAGGAGAUCAAGAUCAAGGGAAAGAAAACGAAGUAGAUCUAGAGACAGAGACCGUCGAGAUAAAAGAAAAAGAUCAUCAUCAAGGGAUCGUGGCAGCAAGCGUAGGUCAAGAUCCAGAUCUAGAUCAUCUUCUCCGACAAAAACAAAAAAAGGUUCCUCUAAAUCUCCAACACCAGAAAGAAAGAAAAUUUCUCCUACAUCAGCUGAAAAUAAAGUCAAAGAUGAACCAAUUGAUAAGGAAGAAGAACAGAAACGUUUGGAAGUGGAGAUGCAGAAACGAAGAGAGCGUAUUGAGCAGUGGAGAGCUGAAAGAAAAAAGACACAGGAACUGGUUCCUUUAAAUAUUGCUCCUGUCAGUAGAAAGUGGACAUUAGAAGAUGAUGAUGAUGAAGAGGAAGAUGGAGGAGGAGAGAAAAAAAAUGAAGAUGAUGAGUUAGAUCCACUGGAUGCCUACAUGCAGUCAGUGAAUGAUGAGGUCAAAGUUCUGAAAGAUAAAGACAAGAAACCAUUGGGGGAGAAUGAUGUACAAGGAAAAGUUGUUACACGAAUAACGACAGUGGUGAAAAAGAAACAGGAAGAUCCGUCUAAGAAUAAAGGUGAACUUAUGUUGAAUAAUAUGGAUGCUUUGGAGUAUUCAUCUGAAGAAGAAGAAGAAGACUUGGAUUCAACAAUGGCCAAUUUGAAUAAGCGCAAAAAGGACUUGGGUGCUGUAGAUCAUGAAAAAAUCUAUUAUGCACCCUUUAGGAAAGCUUUUUAUGUUGAAGUGCCUGAAAUAACCAAAAUGACACAAGAAGAGGUUGAUGCUUAUAGGAAUGAGCUUGAACAUAUAGCAGUGAGAGGAAAACAUUGCCCUAAACCUAUUAAAACAUGGGCCCAGUGUGGCGUCAGUAAAAAAGUCAUGGAAGCUUUGAAAAAACACAAAUAUGAAAAACCAACACCAAUUCAAGCUCAAGCUAUUCCAGCCAUCAUGUCUGGUCGAGAUGUCAUUGGCAUUGCUAAAACAGGUAGUGGGAAAACAUUGGCUUUUGUGUUGCCCAUGAUACGACAUAUUUUAGAUCAACCUCCACUGGAAGAAAAUGAUGGACCAAUUGCUGUCAUAAUGAUUCCGACCAGAGAACUGGCUCUACAAAUUGCAGCAGAGUGUAAGAAGUUCACAAAAGCACAUAACCUUAGAGCUGUUUGUGUUUAUGGUGGCACAGGGAUAUCUGAGCAAAUUGCAGAGUUAAAAAGAGGGUGUGAGAUCAUAGUUUGUACCCCUGGUCGUAUGAUUGACAUGUUGACAGCCAACAGUGGACGAGUCACUAACUUGAGAAGAGUGACAUACAUUGUUCUUGAUGAAGCAGAUCGAAUGUUUGAUAUGGGCUUUGAACCCCAGGUAAUGAAAAUAAUUGACAAUGUUCGCCCUGAUCGGCAAACUGUUAUGUUUUCUGCAACAUUUCCCAGACAGAUGGAAGCAUUGGCUCGUCGAAUAUUAAAUAAACCAAUAGAGGUUCAAGUUGGAGGUCGCAGUGUUGUUUGUAAGGAUGUAACACAACAAGUGAUUCUCAUUGAAGAAGACAAAAAGUUAUUCAAACUCCUGGAGCUGCUUGGCUUGUAUGCAGAACAAGGAAGUAUCUUGGUGUUUGUGGAUAAACAAGAGCAUGCUGAUGAUCUGAUGAAAGACCUCCUGAAACACUCCUACACUUGCUUAUCACUACACGGUGGCAUAGAUCAGUAUGACAGAGAUAGUAUUAUUCAAGAUUUUAAAUCUGGAACCAUCAAACUUAUGGUUGCUACAUCAGUUGCGGCUAGAGGUUUGGAUGUUAAGCAAUUAAUACUUGUUGUAAAUUUUGAUUGUCCCAACCAUUAUGAAGAUUAUGUUCAUCGAUGUGGCCGAACAGGCAGAGCAGGAAACAAAGGAUUUGCAUACACUUUUAUAACAUCAGAACAAGGCAAAUAUGCAGGAGACAUUAUAAAAGCAUUGGAGCUCUCUGGUCAGCCUGUUCCUGAGGAGGUACAGAAAUUAUGGGAUGCUUAUAAAGAGGAAGCUAAAGCUCUCGGUAAAACAGUGAAGAGUUCUAGUGGCUUUCAUGGAAAAGGUUUUAAGUUUGAUGAAACAGAAGCUCAACUGGCUGAUGAACGCAAGAAAUUACAGAAGGCAGCACUAGGUUUACAUGAUUCUGAUGAUGAAGAUGGUGGAGCUGCUGUGUCUAUCGACCAGAAAAUUGAAGACAUGUUCGCCAGCCGUAAACGUGUGACUGAUGUUGCUAAACCCAUGAUAAACCAAAAUAUAGGUGCACAGAACCAGAAUCAGGGUGGACAAAACAACCAGCAGAAGCUGGAGUUGGCUAGAAAAUUGGCUGCCAAAAUUAACUAUCAGAAGAAUCUUGGCACAGAUGCUCCAGACAUCAGCCAGCAGGCAGCUAUUGCCAUCAUGAAAGGAGACUCAGUUGUAGUACCUCAAGUUGCAUCCAAGACAAUAGCUGAACAAUUGGCUGAAAAGUUAAAUGCACGUUUAGGCUAUAAACCACAAUCUGAGGAGGAGCAGAUCACUCUUGAACUAACUCCUGGAGAAACUUUUAAGAGAUAUGAAGAAGAAUUGGAUAUCAAUGACUUCCCCCAAACAGCAAGGUGGAAAGUCACAUCAAGGGAAGCUUUAGCUACCAUAUCAGAAUUUUCUGAAGCUGGUAUUACAGUCAGGGGCUCUUACUUCCCUCAAGGCAAAGAACCCAAAGAAGGUGAACGUAAACUUUAUUUGGCUAUUGAAGCCACCAGUGAACUUGCCAUCAGCAAGGCUAAGGCAGAGAUCAUUAGACUAAUUAAAGAAGAGUUGAUACGACUGCAAAACUCUUACCAGCCAAUCAACAGAGGUCGUUACAAAGUUUUGUGAUUGAAAACUAUUUUGUUUUUGUAUGUGGACAAUAUGUACGCGUUGAAAUGUUAAUUAGAUAAAACAUUUUAUAUAGAUUUUAAAACAUUGUAACUUUAUUGUAUGUAUCAUACAUGUGUUUAUAAAUACAACUGAAAUGCUCUGACCAUAAUGUCAUUGUUUCUCACUGAAUUAAUCUCUCACAUCAUUUUUUAUUUAUUCCAUGAAUUUAUUGACACUAUAUUUGUACAGGCAAUUUGAUAUUCCACCCCAAAAGUAAUUAGAACCACUUACAAAGGCAGUGCUAUAUUUGUACAGGCAAUUCAAUAUUCCACCCCAAAAGUUAUUACAACCACUUACAAAGGCAGUGCUAAUUUUAUCCCAUUCCUUAUUUUAGACUAGCAGCUCUACUUUUUUAGAAAUUUGUUGUAUGAGAAUGAUUCCAUUUGAUUGUAUUUGAUGAAGUUGGAUUGGAUAUUUAGUUGCUGUGACUAUGGCUCAUGCUACAUUUUAUCAGUAGGUAAUGCUGAAUUCUAAUGAUCAUCUUGAUUUUAGUCCACAAUAACAGGUAAAAAUGAAAGAUUAAAGUAAUUUUUGACCUCAACA